GUUUACGAUUUACGAUAAAGAAAAGCACAAUUGACCAAACAUGGCCUCUCCCCUUUCGCGACUCGCAGCCCAGGCCGUGCACAUCACAACAGACCCAAUCCCUCGCUCAUUAACCGAGAGCAAACAGGUCCUUGCGGCCUUGCAGAAGUUCGGCGAAGUCGUCACCUUUCGCAAUCUAUGGCACGAUGCAAAGAACUCCUCUCCAGCACAUGCCCGCCACACCGUCGCGAUCUUCGAAACGCGCGAUGCGGCUUCUCGCGCAAUUGCGGCAUCACCCUUGACUAUCCCCCUCCCACCUGCGAAAGCGAACGCAAACAAAACUACAACCACAAAUAAAACUGCGCCCAAUUCUCCCUUAUCAAACCCGGAACAAUCACAGCCCCGCUUCCUCAACUGCCGCAUCCAGAAAUCCCACCACAACCACGAGUCCGCCGUGAAGCGCAAUCCGUACCACAGCUACUUCGAAGUCGAUCCUGACACGCCUCAGUAUCGGGAUUUGGUGAAUUCAACGCAGAUUCCGCUUAGGGAUUUGGCGGGUGGGUUUUUGGAUAAGAAACAGGGGAAGAAGAGGAUUUCUGCGGAGAAUGAGAAGUGGGGGGCUACGUCGCUGUGGGGGAUGUAUGAGCGGGGGUUGAAGGCGGAGGGGAAGGGUAAGGAUGGUGGUGCGUCUUCGUCUGGGGAUGGAGAAGGACGGGGUGCUACGGGGAGUGGGUGAAGGGUGGUGAACUCAGUGAGUGGGUUAUUGCCGCUUUCGUGACGGCAACGCAUUGUGCCAUGCCAUGCCAUUAUAUGACCGCGACACUCGUGGGUAGAUAAUGCUCCCGCCUGUCGCCAGUGGAGUAUAAGAGCUCCCGACGUUGGUGUCCAGACCAGACAACGAGCGAUUGAAUGUCAUUUACCCGGAGACUUAUUGAACCGAAGCCUAGCUGUGUUCGAUUGACUGCCAGUCUUUAGAUGCUGAAGUUUACCAGCGACACUUCAAUGCUAGCCUUUCCGGGCUGCUAGCCAAGUACGCUUAUAGAACGAGCACCUGAGAUAUUGCCUGAUGAGGAUGGUGAAAAUGGGGAUAAAUGACGGUCAACCCGUUGAACUACUGUGUCAUAUCUCAUAUAGAAGAGCUUAUAGAAAUACCAAUUAUGCUGUAUCCGUGUUUUGUCACGUGGAUGAUG